UCUGCACAGGGAUGGAGGAAGAGAGGGACGGUGUGAAGACCUUUGAGGGCCUGUCUUUGUCAGGGUUGGACAGGGGCUUUGUCACAGAUGGCAGUCUUUCUGCUUUGUCCAUUCAGAUGGAUCCCUUCAAGCCACCCAAGGAGAUUGUUGUAGAAUAUUCAGAGGCCGCUCCUGCUCUACCAGCUUCUUUUGAUCACUCCUCUAAUGUUUUGUCACCUUUAAAUGUCCCCAGCAAGAGCUCUCUACUGUCUCCAAGCACCACCUUGACUGCUGGCCUGAAUAAUCUGGUAGCAGGCAAGUCCUCCACGCCUUACGAAAGGGUUAAAUUCCUAAAGCCCAUCCUGGUCAACUCGCUGGACCUGUCCUGCAUUGAUCUGACCACCUCCCACCCUUUAUGGGAAGUCUCUCAAAUCAGGCCUUCUGUGGAAAGCCCAAAGUUGUGCCUGGACUCCAGCAAGUUUGAGUCAACAUGGAGCCCCAGUUAUCAAUCAGUUCCUCAAACGCUGGCAGAGAUUUCCUCGCUGAUCUGUUCGGGGACUCCGCCAGGCAAAUCUGCCACGGAGGAGUAUCUGAGGUCUACCUUCCAGGAUUCCAAUCUGCGCCAUGCUGUUUUGGAGCUUGCAGAGGAACAGCAGAAAGGUCUGGCCAAAAACUUGGCUAUCUAAUUGUGUACUGAUGUUGUAAUGUUUUCUUUUAGGGGCACUAUUGGAAACUAUUAGCUAUUAGCUGCCUGCUUGAAACUGUAUUUAAUGGCUGUAUUACAACUGUAUGUAAUGUGUAUUUUUGUACCUUAAAAUAAACUGUGGUAUUAAUGCA